AUGCCAGGAAGCACACCAUGCUUCGAUACCGGCAUUUUCGCAGAAACAUCAGUCAACCAGGUCAAUCGGCCCUCUUGCUACUGUAGUGGAUUUGCAUUACGGCUUCAAUGCCUUCGUGGCAACCGCAGGAUUGCUUUCACUGGCGGGCGCGUGGACGCACCUGAAGAAAGGGCGGUCGCUCCGGGCAGGCUGCCCGGGGCCGAGCACGGCCUGGCAGCAGGCAUGGAGGUUGAUGAGGAAGGCCGACUGAAGGGCUGGGAGAACCUCGCCCAGCACAUCCGUGAUGUCUUUGGACGGAUGGGCAUCACUGACAGGGAGGCAGAGGAAGAGGUCCUGCGUAGUUCUGCUAGGCUGAACGACUACAGCAAGCACGGUGUGCUGGGGGAGGAACUUUGCAAGCUUCGACAGACGAAAAACCUGACAGCUAUCUUUAUCCAAGCAGGUGUGUUUCAGAAGCUGGGUGACGACAGCUGCUUUUUCCCGCCGAUGCGAGAGCGCUAUGCCCAGCAUUUGGAGAGGAAUGGCGUAGCUGGGGCCACAGUAACGUUUGUGCAUCGCCAGAUGGUUUGCAAAGGGCACGCUUCGCAGCAGCGGAGGCUUGGCAGAACUUCAGCACAGCGUGCAACCUCACUUUCUCGGGCCAGUACGCUGAUGCACAGCCCGUCAAUGCCCAAUCCGUACGGCUUGCUGAUUGUUCAACACAGCAAGCUUCGAGUGUGCCCCAUUGAAACCAGGAUGCCGCGAGGCGAAGGUCCUAUGGAUCAGGAGUAUGCAGACGAAGCCUAUCACCGCUGCAAAGAGGGACUGGACGCCAAGUCCAACUGCUCAGAGCUUCUGGAGAAGCGACAUUGGAUCUUCGCAAAGCGCAGUGCUGCAGUACAUCAGCGCCUGUCAGAAUGGUUCUCUGCCAAUCCCGGAACCUUGAUAGCUGUGUUACACCCUGAGUUCGAGAAGUUGAAGAACUGGCCUUCCGGGGUUUCGGUCUUUCGCUUCUUGCCAACCCAGCGCUUGGAGAGCCAGUGCGAGACAAGAAUCGAGGAAGCCGAGCAUUGGUUUCGAACGUCGGCACCACCCCCAACAAAAGCUGAGCUCUAG